CUCAAUUAUACCAGUUUUCCUUUACUAUCACAUGACGUCAAAAUGGCAGAAGGAGAUUUAGGGAAAUCAGAAUCUGAUCAAACUGACAAACAGGACAAUGUAAAUGAUCCCAUAGCAGAAUUAGAAGAAAUGAGCUUAAAUCCUAAUGCAGACAUAGAAUGUUUAGUAGAAGAUGCAACAAAUGAAUAUGAAAAUCUAAACAAGACAAUGGACGAACUAGACUCAUGGAUGACCAAUAUUGAAAGUAGAAAUGAUUCACUGUACUCUCAACUACAAGAAUUGCUACAAUCUAGCAGAGAAACACGAUUAGAAUUACAACAAUUAAAUGGAUCUCAGGAAAAGAAUGUAGAACCUAAUGCUGAGGACAAGGCUAAAUCUUGAUAAAUCUUCAAAACAUAGAAUUUAAACUUUAUACAUCACCUCUGCUAGAGUUAGUUGUCGUUAGUAGUUAUUGAUAUUCAGAAUGUGUUAUUCAGGAGAAAGGGAAACAAUGAUGAUGGUUUAUUCCUAAGAAUAUUAUCAAACUUGCAAUCUAAUUUGAUGUUAAAUCAUUUGAAGAAAAAAAAACAGUUGUAUUCAAAAUAUUCAAUCAUUUAGAAUUAUUUUCCAUCAAGCUAAAUAUUAAACAGCUGAAAAAUCAGUUAAGAAGUUAAAAUAAAAUCAUUCCAUAUUUACUACUAUGAUAAUUUUGCAAAAGACAUGCCUUUCUUAUGUGUACUAUCAUUUUUCACUGUUACAAAUUUUGUUAUCACAAAAUCAGUGUGAUUUUUAAG